AUGACGUCUUCGAAAACGUUGCUCGAAAUCGUCGAGAAACAAAAGUUGAGGAGAACCAUCCGAGUAGAGCUCCAAUCCAGUCAACAGGUCUCACAGGAUGCUGAGACAAUCACUCAAUCGGCCUCACAAAAGCUGACCGUGUCCUGUGGUUCCCAGACGUGCUCUUUCCAAGCUGAGCUCCGUCGAGAACAAACGGUGCAGACCGAAGGUCCUCCCUCACCGACGUCAGCCGUUACCGUAGAGACUGGAUCGAGGCGAGAGUUCAAGGUGGCAACAACUUCCUUCUCGACAGAAGGAUGUGCUGUGCCUCCGCUCUCACCGGGACGGUCCCAAUGUGUCUCAGGGAGCAGGAGCAAGAUCAGCAGUGUCGUCUCGAUUACCCGUACACCUCCUCAGUCACCCCGCACACCUAAAACGCCACAGACACCUAAUGAACUUCAGACAUCAGCGAAUUCACCCAGGACACCCCGAUCGCCACGAAGUUCGACGACGAGUCCCUCAAGUGCGAGGAAGCAGCCACAAUCUCCUAGAAGUAAAUCAUCGCCUCUUCGACAAUCCAGCAGAUCUGAACCAGGUCCCGGCGUUCACAAGAAGUCGAGUGAGAGGAAUAAAUUACCGAAAAACUCCGAAAAAAAACGUAGAGAUGCAGAUACGCAGGUGAAACCUCUUGUAAACACGUACCAUGUGAUGACGGAGAAACCCCUGAUCCGAGCGCGUAAAGGCGCCCCAAGGGAGCUCCAAUCGGCGAAUGUGAAGGAAAUCUUCACGUGGAAAGUCACGGACGACAGAAGCGGUCCCGCAGAACGAAUGUCGAGUCGAGAUCAACGGAUUUCCCUCGUUCCAAAAAGUCCUAAAGAAGUAUCGCCGCCGAAAAAUCCUGCCAUUUCACAACCAACGCAGCCCUCGUCAAUUUGUAGAUUUAGUAGACACGUUCCGGUCGAGAUUGUCACGGACCGAGAUAUUGAAUUAUCAGACGAGGAAUACAAAACCGUCAAACCGGCUCGGAAGUAUGCGUCCAAGCCUCUGGUAAACACGAGCUUUCAGCCUUCACCACCGAAAAAAUCGAAGGAUGCGGUGAUGAUGUUUGUCUCCAUGCAAGGGGACUCCACGGCACCCGAGAAAGCUCAGCUGCUCGUGCCGAGACCUCCCACGACCCGGAAGCACAAUCGAUCCGAAGUACUCGCUUUCAUGAAGAGAAAACGGAUUGAACGCCGCCAACAAAAGAAGAACAGCGACACUCGAAACCCAGUAUGUUUCCAGCCGAAGGAAACUCUGUCCUCGAAAAGGGGGAUCCCGGAUGAUUCAAGUCGGUUGCAUCCUCAUCGAGAACCGGCAAAGUCUGGAAACUCCCUCCUUAGGGCUCUCGGUAGCGCUCACCAGCUUACUGAACUCGUCAGUCAACUUCACGACCCCCGGAGUGACAAGCUCGAGGAGCUUCUGACGGAAUUCGAGAAGAACAUUUCGUCCGCUAUCCGGGCGAGAGACGUCAGCGAAACUUCGUUCGAAGCAAGGGUCAAUACUUACGCUGCUUCCGAAGUCCCGAUUGAGCAGCGGCUCGAGGAGACAACACGGCGAUUGGAUAGCUUCUUGGUCACAUUGGGACUCCGGGAGAGCCGCUCCGCCCUCAUUCCUCGUGCCCCCGAAGAAAAAGUUGUGAGCAGCGUCGACGAUGUGUUCUCUCCGUCCAAAUCUGUCCGUGUGUCAAGUUUCCUUAGCUCGCUCCAGGACACGCCUCGUCCAAAAUCGCGCAUUUCUCCAUCUAGGAGCUUAUUCUUCGAGGAAUAUAGCGCGCCGGCGCCUGAGAACCGUAUGUCAAAACGAAAUGGGGGAUCGCUGACUCCAAACCGCUGCUUGGAGGGAUCUGCACCGAUAUCAGCACCGGUAAUCCAAGCGUUCGGUAGAGCGAACGGCGUGUCGAAUGGGGAUCGUACGGAACAGGAGCCGACCCACGAGAAGCCCGCGCAAAGCGAGCACCUCCGCUCCGACUUGGACGAUCCGAAUUUCAUUUUCGAAUGGCGGCAAAAAUACCUCAAGGGCUCCGCGGUGGACUCGUCGACUCCGAAGAGGAACUUUCCUGAAGCUGAAUACGACAAUUGCGGCGUCGACGUAUCUCGUAUCUCAGCUGAGCAAGUACCGGAGACCCACAAUCGCAGCUCCGACGCUUCAAGUCUCACCGACAUCGAUGAUUCCGCUGUAAAACAAGCGAGGGAAGUGUUGAAACAGCUCGAGAGUUCUCGGCGGAACCUCGAGAAAACGCAAAAGAUCAUUUCCGAGAUGGAGCCCAAGCAAGGGUCUGAACCUCGACAACAGAGCGACCCGAACAACAAUAUUCAGAACAAAAGCAACGGAAGCCGGGGACGUAUCCGAAGAACCUCGCACCGCAGCAGCAGCGUCUGCAUCGAAGGAGACGAUAUCCUCGAAGAGGCGAAGCGUGUACUCCGUGAGAUCAACAAUUCCAGCGUAUUCUCUGAGAAGUCCAGUCGGUCCAAUGCGUCCCGGAAUUUGCUAAACAGCUUCGAUAAAAUAUUCGAAGACGAGACCAAUGGAAAGAAGGCCCCACCUCUGAAGCUAGAGGCUGAAUUGAGGGAAAAGUCUUCCCCGAAUAAAUCGUACGCUCCCGUCUCCCUGAGUAACCUAGCGGCGAACGAAUUGGAUUUCCUCGAAGAUUGCAACGAUACGCUUCUGAAAAUCAGCGAAGUCUCUCGCGCAAAAAACUAUGCAUUCGCACGGGAGACGAACAUAGCCAACGAGUUACUGACGAGGGAAUACCGGAAGACCAGCACUCCAAUUCGUCCGGGCGCCCUGAUCUCCAAAGCCAACGGAGACGAUCUAGUGGAUGAACUCCGUAGAAGUCUCCAGGAAGCCUUUGAUCAGAUCGAGAACCAGUCGAAAGAGAUGAGUCGUCUGCGGAAAGACUUAACUACGUCCCGGGAUGACGAGGGGGAACAUCGCUCCGGAAUCAAGACUACGCAAACUGCCUCCCGGGAUAUGGUGGAUCGACCUUUCGAGAGUCUUGCCGAAGAACGGUCCGAUAACCAACAAGAACCUGGUGAUGAAGCUAUCCGAUCGGAAAACAAGGAGGUUCGCUCCUCGGGGUCGACGACUAAAACUGCCGAUGAAUCGAAGUCAGGAUCGGUCUCUUUCGAGACUUCCUCGCUGACCGAUGAGAAACGAUCGAUCUCCGAAGGACCUGAAGACCGUCAUCUGAACUCCGACGGCGUCUCGCCAGAAACGCCGCCGAGAAGCUCACCUGAUCAGUCACUGAAAUCAUCGCCAACCGUGUCAACUGUGAAGACGGAAGUUCCGCAUCAGUCCCCUCCCACCGUGUCAACCCUGAAAACAGAUGUCCCCAAGCCACGCGAAAACCCUCCAGCGACUGAAGACAUUCCCGCUAGGGCUGCGGAAUCGAGUGAAGCUGAGACAAUUUCCUCGGAGAAACCCGAUAGAGGAAACCAACUCGAAGCUCAACGAAAGACGUCGCAUGCCAAGGCCGACGCGGCAGCACAAGCCGUGUUGACACCCACGAACUCCAUUCCUGAGCUCACAGGCGGUGCUGCCGCAUCUUCUGAUUCUGCUUUGAUCAUGGCUCUCAUCGAUUACGUCGAACGGAGGGAGCACAACUUGCAUGGUCAACAGUCCGAAAAUCUCAAGAAAUUGCGAAAAUUGGGCAUUGCGGAAACUCAAACAGCGAGAGGAAGUGAGUCGAGAAUGCCGGACGGAAAGGAACAACGCAAGGAGCGGAACGAACUCCAUAAGCUGCUACGGAUCUUGGCCAAGCAGAAAGUUCGUUCUAAAUCGUCGAGCAGCAGUGGACAGCAAACCAACACGUCGUCCGACGAGAGCAGUGACAUCCUGACGGAUGAAAAGAAUAGCGAUCAGGAGAACGAUCCCGGCAAAGGUAACUCAUUCCCGUGACCGAUAGGAAACUAUAUUUCAGCGUCGGGCUCAAACUCAAGGAGUCAUUCGAUCAUGCUUGGUACGAGUGAUCUCAUCGAACACAUGGACCUAGUGAAGUUGCUCAUCAAGCGGAACAAUGAGAUUUCUCAAAAAGAGAAAUUCGUCAAGUACCUUGAGAGAGAACGACAAAAGAUAGAAAGACGUUCCGAGGCCAUCAAGAAACGGGAAGCGAAACUCAUGGCCGACAUGAAAGCCGCUGUCGAACGGGAAGUCAAUACGAAAAUGCAGCUUUUCCAAGACGCCCUCGUGACUUCGAACGAAAGCAGCCACAAAUCCGAGAGUCAACCCCUGUCUUUGCGACCGCUAUCCGCGAGGAAAUUCAGGAGUCGUAAAGAUUCAUCUGGUUCCGAAGAUAUCGCCAGUCUUUCGGAGACAGAUGCCUCUGACAUCGAAGGCAGUAGGCGAGCCUUGAAAGACGAGGAAGAGCGUGAGAAAAGACAGCUGGAAAAACUCAAACGGGACCUCGAGACUCCGGACUCGAACCGGAGACCGGGUCGGAAAGAGAUGCUCAUGAGACGAAUAGAGGUUCUGGAGAAGCUAUUAGCCAACAACAGAGCCGCUGUGGCGAUGCUGGAGUCCGCGACGCAUGUAAUGCCGAAAAUCCGUAAGCCAAGGGUCGCAGUACAGGAGCGGUCCCAGGAAAGUGAAGAGAGCGAUGCGUCCCGGGAGGGUAUGGCCGAGAAGAGUCAACAUUCACGGGCCAGCGUCUCCGAGUCGGAUGUCUCUGAAGCUCACCCAUUGACUCUGCCCUCCGGUGCUGAGCCAAGAAGCGAUAACGCUCAACAGAACAUCUCACCCAAGAGCUCGAGUAGUAAAUCUUUAUCGAAACGAGAUAAAAGCCCCUCAGAUAAGUCGCUGUCCACGGGUUCCUCCUCCUCGUUGGAUCAGGCCCCCGCCAACGAGAUCCCCGAGGCCCCGUCAUCCGAUCGGGCCGAUCCCGGAGUCGCCGUGGCGGCAGAAGCGUCGGAAUCCUCGAGGAGCGAAAGUUCGAAAUCAGAAGCUGACGCCAUUCAGUCGAAAUCGUCGGAAGAUAGCGAAAAUACUAAAAACCGUAAGGUGGACUCGACACUUUCCAUGCUGGUGAAGAGCCUCAAAGAAGAUACCUUAAAAGAAGUCGUCAAAGCCACCAAACUUGAAGGUCAUGCCACAAAUCUCAUGGAGCGUCUUGUCGACGAGGCUAUGGGCGCAAUGAACAAAGCCAAAUCCGAGGUAAGCUCGGCUCGAACAUUUGAGUCGUCGGAUGACUGGGGGGAGUUCUCCCCGAUCUCUUCUCUGAAUGGAAGUCUGGCCGGAAUCGGUCAGCAGAUCUUCGUGGACGACGCCAGUCAGCAGGUUUGCAUACGCACUAUCCCAAACAAACCUCCACCACCUUAUACCCCACCAAAGGUGAUGACGGUUGCCCCGACGGUCGCGGAACCCAUACAGCCGAAGGCGGUCUCAAUAGCACCCACGAAGAAUGUCAAAGAGCAACGACAGCCUGAACCCGUCGUCCCGAUGACUCUGGGCGAGCUCCAAACCGAGGCUUCGCAUGCGGCUGAAUACCUUUUCGAGCAACUAAUCACCGGUCGGCGACUGGACGAGGCCAGCUACGAGGAUACGCAUUGUCAAGGUGUGGCAGACAUGGCCAAAGUCCAAUACGGCGAGAUGCUCUUCGACGUCGCGAAAGAAACUGCCGAGAAGCUUUUCAGGGUGGGUCGGAACAGCGAGAAUAUGUUCUCGCGACCUCUGCCUUCAAAAGAGCGCCAUCAGGCCUUCAUAGAUGCGAUUGUUGGCGAUAUACUAAAAUCCGAGAAGAGUAAAUCCACUCGACCCAAGUGCAUAUGGUCGUACAUCAACCAUCGCCGUAUGGACUACAUCGACUUCAUCAUGGGAAAGGAAAUCCGCGAAGAGGAGAAGGAAUGGACUGAGUACACGAGCUGUCUGGAGCAAGUCCACGAACAACUGGUCGAGCAGGUCUUUGCGCACAUUGUAGAAUUGAAUGUCGCUGCCGUCGUGGAGGUGCUGUGAGGGUCUGGUUGAUCUUUGCGUCGCGUCGUUACCGACGACCGCCCUGAACGUAAUUUUGCUCAUCUACUUUACUUUGUUUGCGGCGUGUGAUAAGAAGCGUGUUUUAAUGAAUUACUCAAGACAAUGGUAGUGAAUCAUCGAAAGGACGUGACCCGAAGAGUUUUGUACACCGAUGAGCGUCGAAGAAGAGCUCGCUGAAAAUUUCAAAUAAAUUUUGUACAUAUGA